AUGAGAGCAAGUUUACUGACCAAAGCCAAGAGUGUGAGAAAAGACAUGCAGGGAAGGAUGACCUCAACAAAUACACCCACACACUCUGGUGUAAGACCUCAUGAAAGUCGGGAGUGUGGCAAAAGGUUUAGUAAUAGGAGUAACCCCAAACAUCACACCCUUACACACACUGGUGCAAGAAACCAUGAGUGUGAAGUCUGUGGGAAAUGUUUCAAUCAUAAGGGUCACCUCAACACACACACCCUUACACACACUGGUGCAAGAAACCAUGAGUGUGAAGUUUGUGGGAAAUGUUUCAGUCUGAAGGGUAACCUCAAGAAACACACUCUUACACACACCAGUGCAAGAAAUCAUGAGUGUGAAGUUUGUGGGAAAUAUUUCAAUCAGAAGGGUACCCUCAACAAACACACCCUUACACACACUGGUGCAAGAAAUCAUGAGUGUGAAGUUUGUGGGAAAUGUUUCAGUCAGAAGGGUACCCUCAACACACACACCCUUACACACACCAGUGCAAGAAAUCAUGAGUGUGAAGUUUGUGGGAAAUGUUUCAGUCAGAAGGGUAACCUCAACACACACACUCUUACACACACUGGUGAAAGAAAUCAUGAGUGUGAAAUUUGUGGGAAAUGUUUCAGUCAGAAGGGUACCCUCAAAUUACACACUCUUACACACACUGGUGAAAGAAAUCAUGAGUGUGAAGUUUGUGGGAAAUGUUUCAGUCAGAAGGGUACCCUCAAAUUACACACUCUUACACACACUGGUGAAAGAAAUCAUGAGUGUGAAAUCUGUGGAAAAUGUUUCACUGAGAAGGGUAACCUCAAAUUACACACUCUUACACACACUGGUGAAAGAAAUCAUGAGUGUGAAGUUUGUGGGAAAUGUUUCAGUCAGAAGGGUAACCUCAAAUUACACACUCUUACACACACUGGUGAAAGAAAUCAUGAGUGUGAAGUUUGUGGGAAAUGUUUCAGUCAGAAGGGUACCCUCAAAUUACACACUCUUACACACACUGGUGAAAGAAAUCAUGAGUGUGAAGUUUGUGGGAAAUGUUUCAGUCAGAAGGGUACCCUCAAAUUACACACUCUUACACACACUGAUGCAAGGAGUCAUGAGUGUGAAGUUUGUGGGAAAAGAUUCAAACUGAAGAGUAUAUUGGACAGGCACCUCUUCAGACACUCUGGUCAUAAAGGGUUCAAGUGCGAUGUUUGUGGGAAAUGUUUCACGACUAAGUAUGAGAUUGUCAGGCACAUGAAGGUCCACUUCUCCUGAGGUGCUGUGCUGAUUCAGUUCUGCUGUGUGUGUGAGUGCAAGUGUUUGUUGUGGUGGUGUUACAGGGCUGUGUGUAGCACAGAGAACAGAAAAUAUUCAUCUAUUGGAACAAAUGGUGACUGUGACGGCAUGAUCUGUUAUUCACUUUCCACCCCAGGCUUCAUGUGGUUGGUGGGUCCUGUGAAAGGUCUGGGCCCGUAUCCUCGACAACUAUUAAUACUAAACUUGGUAUUAACUUUCGACUUUGGUAUUAACUUCACUCUCAAAGUGUAUCCUCAACAACUAUUAGCCUAAUACCUACUCUUAACUUUGGUAUUAACUUGAGAGUGCUGGCGAGGACUUCUAAACACUUAAUAGUAAAGUUAAUAUUGAAUCCCAGACCCAGACCCAUAUCAACAUGGCCACCGGGCUUCCUCGUCCAGCCCGCCUCCGCAAUUUAGAGUUUGAUAGGGCGCUUUGGAACUGUAUAACGAUGGUGAACUUGUCAAGACAUACAUAUUAGACCGUGCAGGAAUGGAGUAUGUGACUGAUUUGGUGAGAAGAGAGCUACAAGAUCCAGUUCAAAGGGAGCAUUCCCUCACCCCGGGGUUGAAAGUGAUUUUGACUUAAAGAUACUUGGCUACAGGAAAAAUGCUGCAGUGUUCAAGUGAUGAGUUAGGGGGUAAGCCAGAGUAGUGUAAGCAGGGUGAUUGUGGAAACUCUGGCCGCCCUCAGUGACCCGUAGGUAGUCGGGAGGUUUAUCCAGUCUCCCCUUGAUAGGGUGGAGAUCCGUGUAAAGCAAGCAGAAUUCUACCAACUUGCCGGUGUUGUGGGAGUGAUAGACUGUACCCAUGUGAAAAUAAUGGCACCAAAGGAAAACGAUGUAGUUUAUGUCAACAGAAAAAAAAAAAAUAAACAUAGCUUGAACAUACAA